AUGUUUAUUUCUUUUAUUCAUCAGUGUUUUGUUGUUGCGGUCGAAAUGUUUAUCAAGAAAAUCGCGAGUGCUAAAGUGCUGUUUGGGACUUUUAACACGAUAUUUUUUACUUGCGGUUUCGUAGAAGUGGUAUGCGGGUUCCUUCUACUGAGCGAUACCAGACGGAUUCUACUGUCGCGUCUACUAGCAACGCCGGAAGACGGGUUGGAUGAGCCGCCGUUCUACUACGUAGCACUAGCGCUGCUAGCGUCAGGCCUCGUCGUGUGUGUAGUAGCAGCUAUAGGAGUAUGGGCUACUUACAUGCCCGGAUAUAUUAUAUUGACCUUUUAUUUCCUGCUGAUUCUUGGGCUGCUGCUGUGCGAGUGUGCGGCGGGAGUGGCGGCGGCGGUGUGGCCGCGGUGCUUCGGCAUACAGAGCGCGCGGGGCGGCGCCGUCGGAGCCCUACAGAGCUACUACGCCGUUCCCGACUACGAGGAGUUCACAUCCGCGGUGGACUUGGCUCAAACUGAGUUGGAGUGUUGCGGCAUGUCAGGCGGACGCAACUACGAUAUGUCGGUGUGGCAGCUGCGGCGGCUCGGGCCGCGGGGGCUGGCGGUGCCGCCCUCCUGCUGCGUGCAGCGCCCCCCGCGCUCCCACCUCAACCCCGCGCCGCUCAACGAGACGCGCUGCCAGGAGGUGACGCCGAGCUCGGAGUACACGCACCUAGAGGGCUGUCUAACCAAACUGGAGGACUGGUACCAAUCGCAGUACUUCAUGUUCAUGAUAUCUCUCUUCACCGUGGCAGUGUUCAAGCUGGGUAUUCUCCUGAGCACCGUGUUCUCGUGUAUCAGCAUAAGGAGGCGGCGGCAGAGCUUGCAGUCUUUAAUUAUAAAACAGCACAAGAACGGAGACCUGUACGGGCGGAAGAUCGCUCAAGCGCACGACGAACCGAUCACCGCCAAAUACGUUCAACCGAAUAACUUCUACAGCCCCCGAGUACGGAACCCGAGGAUUUUCAACACCAAACCAAACGAGAUGGUAUGAGAUUUAGCCACGGAGAUAAACGCUUUGGAGAGGAAACUGGAGAAGUUCUCAGAUUUCCUGUCGAAACACCAGGCCGAGUCCAUCAUGUGGUAGUACCAUCUGAGAAAUGGAUUCAUAGGCAGAUGACAGAUUCACGUAAUUUGGUCGGGUUAUGUCAAUCUUAACAGACUUUUUACGUAUCGUAACAUUGAUUUGGCAUAACCCGACCCGAAUUACGUAGGACCGCAAUCUGCCUAUAAGUCUAUUUCUUUGAUGGCACUUGCAUAGAAGCUAUUGAUGAUUUGAAAUUUUAUGUGCCAUAUUUUGCAUUUCAUAUUCGCCACGUCUAAUCUUAUUACGACAAACAAGUGUCCAUAUGCCAUACGCCUUUUGAAAGCUUUUAUUUUCAAUAUGGCUGCUUCCUAAUAUUCAUGCAAAAUAGUACCAGAUGUAUAUAGCUUUAUCUCCAUUGGCUCAAAAGUGUCCCUAGUUUUAAGUUCAACAACUUAGAUAAGGUAAUAUUAAGAAUAAAG